AGAAGGCUCAUCCAGAAUUUCAUUUUUAGUCAGCAGAAUUUUCACUAUAAAUAUGGAUUUCUCUUGUUUGAAAUAUCCGUCAUCUUCUUGUUCAUUUGAAUGGAUUUCGUUAUCGCUCCGUCGUCUUUCUCUUCUCUUUUGAAUCAUAAUUACAAUAAGAAUAAUAUUUUUUAUUGUUGUUAUAAUAAUACAUUUAAUCAGAACAAGAAUAAAUCCCGCUUUUCAGUGCCAUCGACUGCUGCUUUGACAAAGUUCAACACGGUUGCUUUUGGUUACGAUUACCGGAGGAAUCCCUGUUGUUUGAGGAUUGCGUGUUCCAGACCUGGAGUCAUGGAUUCGUCUAAGCCUGACAUUUCAAAGCCUAAGAUCGUUACCGGUCCCGGCGGCUAUGUUCUUGAAGAUGUUCCUCACUUGUCGGAUUAUAUUCCCGAUCUUUCUUGUUACCCCAACCCGUUGCAAGACAACCCGGCAUACUCUGUUGUUAAGCAAUAUUUUGUCCAUGUAGAUGACACCGUUCCUCAAAAGAUUGUUGUUCACAAGGAUAGUCCCAGAGGAAUACAUUUCCGACGAGCCGGACCACGUCAAAGGGUGUAUUUUGAGUCUGAUGAAGUUCAUGCCUGUAUAGUGACUUGCGGCGGACUCUGCCCCGGACUCAACACUGUGAUCAGAGAGAUAGUAUGCGGCUUGUACCACAUGUAUGGUGUGAAGAAAGUAUCAGGGAUAGAUGGAGGAUACAGGGGAUUUUAUGCUAAAAAUACAGUGCACUUGGAUCCCAAGGCUGUUAAUAAUAUCCAUAAACGUGGUGGAACGAUCCUUGGGACAUCACGAGGUGGGCAUGAUACCUCGAAGAUUGUUGACAGCAUCCAGGAUCGAGGCAUUAAUCAGGUUUACAUUAUUGGAGGAGAUGGAACCCAGAGAGGUGCAUCUGUUAUAUUUGAGGAAAUUAGGAAGCGUGGUCUCAAAGUUUCAGUUGCUGGAAUUCCCAAAACCAUUGACAAUGACAUCCCGGUCAUUGACAAGUCCUUUGGCUUUGACACUGCUGUUGAGGAGGCUCAACGUGCCAUUAAUGCUGCUCAUGUUGAAGCUGACAGUAUCGACAACGGUAUUGGUGUUGUAAAGUUGAUGGGUCGCUACAGUGGUUUUAUUGCAAUGAAUGCCACUCUUGCUAGCAGAGAUGUGGAUUGCUGCUUGAUACCAGAGUCGCCCUUUUAUCUAGAAGGAGGUGGAGGACUUUUCGAGUACAUCGAAAGACGGCUUAAAGAGAACGGGCAUAUGGUUAUCGUGAUAGCAGAGGGUGCUGGACAGGAGCUGCUUUCUGAGAGCAUGACACAGAAAGAUGCUUCAGGAAACAAGCUUCUCAAGGAUGUUGGGCUAUGGAUAUCACAGAGGAUCAAGGAUUAUUUUUCAAAGCAAAGGAAGAUGCACAUAAACCUCAAAUAUAUAGAUCCUACUUACAUGAUUCGUGCCAUUCCUAGCAACGCAUCGGAUAAUGUUUACUGCACACUUCUUGCUCAAAGCGCUGUUCAUGGAGCCAUGGCAGGAUACACUGGUUUUACAAGCGGUCUUGUUAAUGGCAGGCAGACAUACAUACCAUUCAAUCGAAUUAUAGAGAAACAAAACAAGGUUGUGAUUACGGAUAGGAUGUGGGCAAGGCUUCUGUCUUCAACAAAUCAACCAACCUUUUGGAGCCCCAAAGUCUCCAUUGCAGACAAAGGCAGUGAGGAUGAGUUGUCGGACAAUGGAAUUUGUGGGCAAGAGGAUCCUCGUUUCAACUGAGGCCACAGUGGCAGGCAGGCGCGGCAUUAGGCCAACACAAGGGACCUUGUGUUUUCAUAAGUAGGAAAUAAACGUAUAUAAUAACUAAUAAUUGUUCCUUUACUUUGAAUCCUAAAUUACAAGUUGGGAAGUUUUUUUA